AUGAAAUGUUUUAACUAUAAUUUUUUAUGUGUUCCGUCUUUUACGUUAGAAUUUGGAGUGGCAGUUCUAACAGCAGUGUUUACGAUUUUAACAUUAGUCAUAGUCGUGGUGAAUGCAUCCGAAUUAUCAAAGAAUCUAAUUGUUUUGGGAUCUAUAUUCUUGUUACUAAUUACUUGGGCAAUAGCGUUUACAGGAGCUUUAUUAAGAUCAAGACAAUUGAUAGCUUUGACAAUUGUUAUUUGGACAAUCUUCAGUAUUGAGUGGCUAGUUUUAUCGUUAUACUUUAGAAUAUACAUGCAAAAUGUCAGCUACUGUGUGGCGCAGAAAACGAGAUGUUCAACAACCAUGUGGCUUAUGAGCGGAGGAAUAGCUUGUUCAAAUAGCUCAGAUGAUUCAGACGAUAGCAAAAACAACGAAACGGAAAGUGAUGCUGAUGCUGAUACUGAGACAGAGUCCAGUAGAAGACUAUGGUCGAUAAAUGACUCUCCCGAAAUAACUGUUAAGACUUUUCACCCGAUGAGAACGAAUGUAAUACCGAGCACCGUCGCUGCUACUCCUGCUGCUGAUACCGUUGUUUCAAAUAAAACGCGCAUGACGGUCGGCACCAACAACGGGUGUGGGUGUGAACAUCAUCCGCGGACUACGACCGAAAGCCCGCCGAGUGAUUUGAUAACACGCGUCAUUGAAUACCGGAAAAAUAUGACGAUGUACCGUCAGACUUCGGAGGCAGUGAUGCAGCGAAAGAAGAAAGACGGGAAAAAAAUUAAAGUAUCAGAUGAGGAAUAUUAUGGAGAUAAUAACAUAGGUAGAGAACACCAUAAAAAAAAAGGCCAUCGUCGUAAAACCGAUAGCGAUGAUGGUGACGGUGUAGCUGUAGAUGAUAGCGAAGGUGAUGGCGACGAUACAAGCAAGAACGAUGACACUGAAGAAAAAAGUGACGAACCUGGCAACACCGCUAAAUGUUCAUUAAUGGACUACGGGGUUAUGGCAGGUUUUUUAAUUUUGUACUCGUAUGCGUUCUUUGUACUAUUGUGCUACCACAAAGAACUGAAAUUAAUGCAGAAUUGUAAAUGUACAUAUCUUACAUAA